UUGCAAAUUAGACAGCAGGCUGCUCGCAAGUGGCGCGCGCGUCUCGGUUUCUAGGCGGAAAGAAAGUAGUUGCCCGCAACCCCCACCCACUUUGGGGAGGGAACCCGUCUCGCCUGCCGAUGAAGGACGAAGCCCCUUGGCGGGGGGUGCAGAAAAUGUCAUGCAGCCCGAAGGCUGCCGCGAUGGGGGGAAGGGGACGGCUGGAUAGGAAGCCUCUCGGCUCUUGCAAGUCGGGUGGGCAAGCCAGGCCUGUAAAGCUCCAUGUUGAUUACUCUGUGUGCCCCCUCCCAACCACUCAUUUCUCCUUAUUCCCCCACCCCCGCCUUGCCCCUCUUUGCCCAGGUCGGAGGUGGGUUUCCAGUCAGGUGCGCUGAGGCUGCUCGCCAUGUCACGGUCCGGGGACAGGACGUCUACCUUCGACCCCAGCCACAGCGACAAUCUGCUUCACGGCCUCAACCUGCUGUGGAGGAAGCAGCUCUUUUGCGACGUGACCCUGACGGCCCAAGGCCAACAGUUCCAUUGCCACAAGGCCGUGCUGGCCUCCUGCUCCCAGUACUUCCGAUCGCUCUUCUCCAGCACCGCCGGUGGAGGAGGCGGGGGAGGCGGCGGCGGCGGCGGGGGGAGCGGGCUUAAUCACCCCUUGGGCGUUGGACCAGGAGCUCAGGACGGCCUGCUUCCGAAGGAUCAGCAGCAGCAGGAGGAGCCCGGCACGCCCUCCUCCUCUCCGGAGGACAAGCUGUUGGCCAGCCCUAGGGCCAUCAACAACCUGGUGUUGCAAGGCUGCUCGUCGAUCGGACUGCGACUGGUGCUCGAGUACCUGUAUACCGCCAACGUGACCCUCUCCCUGGAUACGGUGGAGGAGGUCUUGUCGGUCAGCAAGAUCCUGCACAUCCCGCAGGUCACCAAGCUGUGCGUUCAGUUCCUCAACGACCAGAUUUCCGUGCAGAACUACAAGCAAGUGUGCAAGAUCGCAGCCUUACACGGCCUCGAAGAGACCAAGAAACUGGCCAACAAGUACCUUGUGGAGGACGUGCUGCUGCUCAACUUCGAGGAGAUGCGCGCCCUGCUAGACUCCUUGCCUCCCCCGGUAGAAUCGGAGCUGGCGCUCUUCCAGAUGUCCGUCCUGUGGCUGGAGCACGAUCGGGAGACCCGCAUGCAGUACGCCCCGGACCUCAUGAAGCGCCUACGCUUUGCCCUUAUCCCGGCUCCGGAGCUUGUCGAGCGGGUCCAGUCGGUGGAUUUCAUGCGUACGGACCCGGUCUGUCAGAAGCUACUUCUGGACGCCAUGAACUACCACCUGAUGCCUUUCAGGCAGCACUGCAGACAAAGUCUGGCCAGCAGAAUUCGUUCCAACAAGAAAAUGCUUUUAUUGGUUGGAGGGCUGCCUCCUGGACCUGACCGGCUUCCCAGCAAUUUGGUUCAGUAUUACGAUGAUGAAAAGAAGACAUGGAAAAUACUGACAAUUAUGCCAUACAAUAGUGCCCAUCACUGUGUUGUGGAAGUAGAAAAUUUUUUGUUCGUUCUGGGAGGAGAAGAUCAGUGGAAUCCUAAUGGCAAACACAGUACAAAUUUCGUCAGCCGAUAUGAUCCUAGGUUUAACAGCUGGAUACAACUUCCACCUAUGCAAGAAAGGAGAGCUAGUUUUUAUGCGUGUCGGCUUGAUAAGAACUUGUAUGUGAUUGGAGGGAGAAAUGAAACUGGCUACUUGUCAAGUGUGGAAUGUUAUAAUUUAGAGACAAAUGAGUGGCGUUAUGUAUCUUCCCUACCACAGCCUUUGGCAGCACAUGCAGGAGCUGUACAUAAUGGAAAAAUCUAUAUUUCAGGUGGUGUCCAUAAUGGUGAAUAUGUCCCCUGGCUCUAUUGCUAUGACCCUAUAAUGGAUGUCUGGGCUAGAAAACAAGAUAUGAACACAAAAAGAGCUAUCCACACGCUGGCCGUAAUGAAUGACCGACUGUAUGCAAUUGGAGGAAAUCAUUUGAAAGGUUUCUCUCACCUUGAUGUCAUGCUUGUGGAAUGUUAUGACCCAAAGGGAGACCAAUGGAAUAUUUUGCAAACUCCUAUUUUAGAGGGUCGAAGUGGUCCUGGAUGUGCAGUUCUUGAUGACAGCAUAUACCUUGUUGGAGGCUACAGCUGGAGUAUGGGAGCCUACAAAUCUUCUACUAUUUGUUAUAGUCCUGAGAAAGGAUCCUGGACAGAGCUCGAAGGAGAUGUAGCUGAGCCACUUGCGGGUCCCGCUUGCUCUACUGUCAUACUUCCUGCGUGUGUGCCGUACAACAAAUAAGUCCUGGAAAUGCAAAAGAGGACAUUGAUGCAUUCAGGAAAGGAAUGAUGGGAGAUGUAAUGAUUUUAAAGAACAGUUCUUUGGACCACAGACCACAAAAUCCUACUCCUACACCUGCAUUUAUGGUUUGUUUGUUUUUUUAAAAAAGAGACUAAGCAAAUUCCCAUCUCAGAUGAAUUGGUAUCUUGUCAGACUAGUAGGUUAGACGCAUGGAACACUGCACAUGUUGACAGAUGGCCAUUUCAGAUUGAUAUUUUCCCUGCUGCAGACCCAUAUACUGAUAACUAAAUUUAAAGAAAAUGAACAAGAACAUUACUGCACAUUAUGUUUUACUGCAUGGGAUCUGUGUUGAAGUAACAAUGAUAAUCCACUUGUAAUUCAAAAUUGCGAUACUGAAAAGCACUGAAUCGCAGAAUGGUCUGCUCCAUUUCUGUUGUAAUCCAUGACUGCUUUACGUACUCUGCAAGCAACAAACUUCAGAAGAAAACUCAGAGGUAAUAAUGUAAUGCUUUUAUUGCAAACAAAUUGGUUGUCCUGAUGUACACUUUGCCCUAACAUUCUCCUCAUUAAGAAUUGCAAAAAUGUUAUGGUAGCUUUCAGGAUCUGUGCCAAUCUUUAAUGUUAUUUGCAAGAGUAUAAAUUGAAAAUAAUUACUGCAAAAGUUCAAAGAUUCUGGUUUUUCUUCUUUCCACAGCAUACAAGCAUGUACUGUUUAGAGUGUUUUUAAAAAGUUUUGAUUAAUGUUUAAAAUCUGAUAAUUACAAAUGCCAUUUUGCAAAAAUGGUAAAUAUACUUUACUUUUCAUUUCCAAGGACAAAAUUCAAGUGCAGUACUUUUGUAACAUGAAGAUUUUGUGAUAUAUAAUAUUAGCAAAGAUUGGCAAAUUUCCUUAUUGUUUAAUAUUGAUAUAAUUAUAAACUACUCUUAUGCUAGAGUUAAAAAAAAUGCAGGUCUAACUCUGAGAGCUAACAUACUAAGGUAUGUUCUCGACUAAAUCCAAAUACAGAUAGUCCUCAAUUUAGGACCACAAUUGAGCCCAAAACUUCUGCUGCUAAGUGAGACAUUUGUUAAAUGAAUUUUGCUCCAUUUUACAAUCAAUCUUGUCACAGUUGUGAAAGUGAAUCACUGUAAGUGUUAAUAACAUGGUAGUUAAGUGACUCUGGCUUCCUCAUUGACUUUGCUUGUCAGAAGGAUACAAAAAGUGAUCACAUGACUCCAGGACACUGCAACCAUCGUAAACAUGAAUCAGUUGCCAAGCAUGUAAAUUUUGAUCACAUGAGCAUGGGGAUGCUGCAACGAAAAAUGGUCAUGUCACCUUUUUCAGUGAUGUUGUAACUUUGAACAGUCACUAAAUGAACUGUUGUAAGUCAAGGACUACCUGUAUAGUUUGCAGCUUCAAAAGCCAAACAAAACUGAACUGAAAGUAAGGCAGUUGUUGAGGAGUUGGAAUCUUCCAUAGAGGAAAUGCAGCAUAGAAAGAUUUGAGAGCAGAAAAGUGCAGAAGGAAUGUAUAACUUGAAGCUGUCGUGUUCUUCACAGUAAAUUGCUGUCUUUGGAAUCGUUCUUUAAAAAUUGGCAGCUGAUUACCUGCCUAUGUUUAAUGUCUAUUAAGCUGUAUAAUAUACACACACCCAAACAGUAAGUAACCUUUGUGAACAGUACAUGCAGAAUGCAAGACAGCAGAGACUGCGGAAUUUUUAUAUACUUCCUUUCAACUAUUGUGUGUCAGGUGACAUUCCUGCCAUUUUAGAUAUUUAGAUGUGGGUACAACAAAUAUUAUAAUUAACCAUAAUAUCUUAAGCUUGGGGCUGAAUGCUUGUAAAUCUGCAUUUCAGAAUGGAAACAGAUGUGAUAUAAAAACCUAGUGGCUCCCCCUAAGCUAUAAACAAUGAAUCAGAUGCUGGGCUUUGGUCUGCCUUUCUCACAUUCUUCAAGUGGGUGGUCUAUUCCUUUUUAUAUUAAAAAGAAUUCAUGAAAAGGGUACAAAUAAUAAUUUUUGAAUGGUGGAAACAAGCAGGAAGAGAGGAAACAAGCUGGAAAAACAUACAGAAUAUGGAAAGCUGCUUCAUAUAAAAUCAGACCUCUAGUUCUAUAUUGUUCUCCACAUUGACCUACCAUUUGUAUCCAAAUUGGGGCUGUGGUUGAGCUAUGGAUCAAAGUCUGUUGGAGAUUUUUAGAAACAAACACAAUGGUCACUAAUUUCUGACCUUCUUCAAGAUACAAUACCUCAUGCAUGGCAAGGAGGUCAAGUUUUAGCUACCGGUAGCUAAGUUUUGUGGAAUGCCAAUUCUCAUUCUCUCUCCCUCCCUUCCUCCCUCCCUCCCCCUCCUCUCUCUCAUGCUGUCUCUUAAAAAAAAAAUUGGAACAAGGCUUCAGAUUUCCUGUCCUCUGACCCAGCACUCAACACUUGGAUUGAACAGUGUGCAUUGCCACGAAAAGUUCAAUUCUGAUUUCUACCUACUUUCAUUUCCCACUCUUAUUUCCCUAUUUUGAUACGGAAAGUUCUGAUAUCCCAUCCCCUAACUGAUGCUCAGCAUUGUCAGGCCAUUAAGCAUUCUUGGUCUUUUGGCUUUUGGGGCAAUUAGGGGUUUCCUUGACCUAUCAGAUAACGUUCAGGAACAUCACAAAAGAAAGAGGAGUAUUGCCCUUCUGCUGUCCAAUAUUUGAACUACAGUCCUUUGACUAAUCCACUGGGCAGCUAGAUCUACUUUAGAGGGGGAAAAACAACAUGGGUUCCGCUCCAAAAUGGCUGUUUGUCCUCGCUUCUAGAUUAAAUUACAUUUACAUGCAUAUUUACUUAGAACUAAUAAGAAUUUAGACUCAUCUAUAUUUUGUUUAGGCUUUGAGCAAUGAAACACCUUUCUCCUAUCCUCAAGGCUUAGAUUAAAAUGUAGCACUGUAAGCAAAAUCUUGCGCUGCUGGAGUCAAGAUUUAAUCAUAUACCUGGUUGAGGCAACUGGCUUUGCCCUGCGCUCUAAGAAUCCCAUACAUUUGCUAGACUGAAAAUAGGACCAUUUCUCAUCAGUGCUAUACAAAAAUUGGAGGGUUUGUUGCUUCUAUCAUUUCUUCCACCGGAAUCAACUGAGGGCCCUUGCACUAUGCAGUUAUCUUGCCUAGGACUCAGGAAGAGUAGACUAAGAUUGGGAUUGAGUCAUAAUAUAAAUAAAGAGAUAUAUCUUGACUUUCUUGGGAUUCUGUAAACCUUCAUCUUAUUUCAACAACUUAUAACAAGCCAUAGAUGGUAUUUUUGAACACCAGUGUUGGGAACAAAUCCUAAAUUCAUGUAGAUUAGCACAGUUUCUGAAAAUUAAGUGAACUCGUGGUAUGUCUGUUUCAAAGUCUAGCUUGUAAUUUGUAUGAAUAUUGUAUAUUCGAAAAUGCAAGGCAAUACAUAACUUCAAAUGGGAUACAAAGGUGAAACAUAAAUAGGCAGAAUAAAAGAAGUAAUUUACUAGAUAAUAUUUCAUAAGGUUUGGGCUACUCAGAAAAUAUUAAAAAUAAAAAUUCAUAUGUGUUGUUCCACUAUGCCAUGAUUAUUAUUAUUGCUACAAUUAUAACUACUAUUAUUACUACCUGUAGUUGUUUUACUAAUGUUUACUCCAGUGAUACUAUAUAAUUUCACCAAAAUUGACUAGGUACUGCCUUACCCAGGUAGCAAAUCAUCGGUUGAAGGAAUUGUAUCUAAAGGGAAAAAGGGAAAACAAUAACAUUGUUAAUAAAUUCCUUGAAAUUAAAAUAUUUAUCCUGGAACUUCAUUCCAUUUUUGCUUAUGUUGUGGAAUUCUGAUAGAUUGUAUUUAUUUGUGUUAUUCAAUUCAAAUAUUUGUUUGUAAAAUAAUACAUUGUGCAAUCUUCAUUUGGGUGAAGGGAUGGUAUUUAGAAAUAUAUAUCUGUGUAUAUAAAUAUGUGAAAAGGAAACCUGUCACAAACACUACAUUAGAGAAUAUUUUAUGGCAUUAAAAAAAGAGUCAAACACUGAACAUUAUCAUGUGCCACUGUUAAAAUGCCACUUUAAGGGGUGGGGAUGGGGGUCUUAUCAUUUAAAAUUCUUUUUUAAGAAAUAUAAUUAAAGAAUUUAUGAGUAUUAUAUGUAAAUCUUUUUAACUCUCUAGAAGGCAUGACCAAGGAAAUCAUACAAAACACCAACAGUGUAAAUUUUGUACAAUAUUAUGCGUGUAUAAAUGAAGCUUGCUUGUAGGGUGAGGGGACUUUAAAUAAAAUCUUAUGUACUUA